AUGUUAUUCAAAUAUAAUACAUUCUUAACUUCUGCAGGUUUAAGAGGUGCCCAAUUGGUAUUAACUAUCAUCACUUUAGGGUUAGCAGCAGCUAAUGUUUCAUAUGUUGCUUAUGACAGAGCUAAUUUCAGUGUUGCUGUUACUGUGAUAUCCUUAAUUUACUUAGUAUUGGUAUCAGUUCCAAUGACUUUAGCUUUUAUUCCUCACAUUGUGUUGAUAAUUGGUGAAUCCAUAAUGUGGGUUUUCUGGUUAGCUUUAUUUGCUUGUAAUGCUGAUGUAUUUGGAGCUGCCAGUUGUUCAGUUCAUUAUUAUUAUUAUUAUACUAGUGAUGGUUAUGAAAAUUUCUGUAGAACUGGUAAAGCCCUUAUUGCUAUGGGAGUUAUUAAUUGGCUUUUAUUUACUGCAUCUCUUGUAUUGAUGAUUCUUUAUACCAUUAUCCCAAUGAGUUCAACAUUAACAUCAAUGAGUAAAGGAGAUAUGGUUUUAGGGGGUAUUUUCCAUCAUCAAAUUGAUGGUACUGUAACUAAAGAGAGUGAUGUUGAUAUUGAAAAACAUGAAGAUGGUUCUGAUGUUUUACCUGAACCAACUGUAACUGAACCAAUUACUGAUGAACCAGUUGUUAGUGGACCAGUUGCCACUGAACCUACUUUAGAUCCUGCUACUGGAACUGUUGAAACUACUGAACCUGUUACUAAACCUUAG